AUGCCCGAUAUCGCAUUCACUGAUGCAGAUUUCCACGCGUCCGACCCUGAUCAUGAUGACCCCAUGGACGUCACGGUCAAAAUAGCUCGAUACGAUGUCAGCAAGGUCCUCGUCGAUCAGGGUAGUUCGGUCAACAUAUUAUAUUGGUCCACCUUCAAAAAGAUGGACUUGUCCGAGGAUCUAAUAGCCCCUUCUAACAAACAAAUUGUAGGCUUCUCAGGGGAAAGAGUCGAUACACGAGGGUACCUAGACCUACGAACUCGACUCGGAACAUGCCGAGAUGCCCCAGAACUUCGAGUCAGGUUCCUAUUGGUAGAGGCCAAUACCUCGUACAAUGCUUUAAUAGGCCGAUCAUGCUUGAACGCAUUUGGAGCCAUUGUGUCCACGCCUCAUUUGGCCAUGAAAUUCCCUACCGAGCGAGGUACCAUCUGUACUGUCAGGGCCGAUCAACGAACGGCUCGACAGUGUUACGUCGCAGGACUUAAAGUCACACCAUUUUUGCCGGCUCGAAGGGCGAGAGGAGCUGAAACAGCAGCGAUCGACUUGGACCCCCGAACCAAUAUAGACGAACGUCUUCAUCCCCAAGGAGAUGUCAAACCCUUCCCGCUGGGGGCGGACCUACCAAAACCACGAACAUCGGUGGGAGCCUUGCGCUACACGAUGACCGAUAUGCCAGGGAUCCACCCCGGCGUCAUGGCACAUAAGUUGUCGAUCUUAAGGGAGGCAUGCCCGGUUGCGCAAAAGAAACGACGCUUUGGGGAGGACAAACGCGAGGCCAUCCAGGUUGAGGUCACAAAGCUGAUGAACGCCCAGUUCAUCAGGGAAAUCACCUACACCACGUGGUUGUCAAACAUAGUCAUGGUCAAAAAGUCUAACGGUCAAUGGCGAAUGUGUGUGGACUUCACCGACCUCAACAAGGCGUGCCCUAAGGAUUCAUACCCUUUGCCUAGCAUCGAUCGGUUGGUAGAUGGAGCGUCCGGUCAUGUCGUCCUCAAUUUUCUCGAUGCGUACUCGGGGUACAACCAAAUCCCCAUGUACGAGUCAGAUUAG